AUGACUUACCAAGAAGUUAUAGAUUUAUAUAAAGAUCAUAUUAGUGCUAUGGAUGCAUUGUAUAAGGUAAAUACAUAUAAUGAAGACGAAAUUGAUCAGAUUUACAAAAAAAUUCAAAUGAAUCUCAUUAAAACAAAAUUACUUUCACUAUCCUGGAUCUUAAAAAUAAUUUCUAAUAUAUCAAUAUUUAGAAACCGUUACAUGAGUUUAUAUUGGCUAUUAUUCAAAAAGAUAUUUGAAGAAUAUCGCCCAGAUCAAGUCCAAGACAUUGAAUUUCCGUUUGAAUACUUUGUUUAUAAGGAUUAUGGAAUCAUUUUGAAUGAAGAUAACGUAAAAUCAUACGAAAAUCUCAAAAUUUCAAUUGAUGUUCAUCAAGAAAAUGAUAUUUUCAAAGCAAUUAUGGAUGAUGAUAUAAAAAAAUUUAUCACUUUCACAGAUCAGAAAGGAUUUGAUCAGUAUCAAAGGUUUAAUAGUAUUUUAUAUCCAAAAAAUUUCGAGAGAAGUUAUUCAUUACUAGAAUUGUGCUGUUAUCAUGGAGCAGUUAAAUGUUUUAAACUGCUAAUUGCAGAAUUCAAGUCAGAAAUCACACAUAAAUGCCUUCAAUUUUCAUUUUUAAGUGGUGUUCCCGAUAUAAUUAAUGAAUGCUUGAAAUACGUCCAACCAGAUGUAAAAUGUAUGAAAUAUGCAAUUAUUUCACACAACAUUGAUUUCGUAAUGUUUUUAUACAAUGAAUAUCAUAUCAACAUUGAUUUACUGUAUUGUGGUAAAUUCAAUAACCUUCAAGCAUUUGCAGUUUAUUUAGAUCAAACAAAAAAUUUAAAACACUGUUUUAUUUAUUCCUCAAUCUUUAAUAUACCAUCUCUUUGUCAAUUUUUCCUCUUACAUGGCGUAAGUAUCAAUGAAAAAGACAAAAAUAUUAUUCCAUACAAUACUUCCCUUUAUCGCGCUGCACAAUUUAAUUGUAUUGAAACUGUAAAAUUCCUAAUUAAAUGUGGAAUGAAAAUUAAUGGAAUAAAUGGGAUGGGAAGAACUGCACUUCAUGAAGCAGUAAGGAAAAACAGUAAAAAAGCAAUCAAGUUACUUGUUAUGCAUGGUGCCGAAAUUAAUUUAGCUGAUCGUUUAGGAAUUACUCCAUUACAUUUAGCAGCGCACAGAGCUAGCAAAGAAAUAGUCGAAUAUCUAAUCUCGCAUGGAGCAAAGGUAAAUUCAAAAAAUGACAGAAAUGAGACUCCCCUUCAUUUUGCAGCAGUGAGAAAUGGCAAGGAAAUUGUCGAAUUUCUAAUUAUUAAUGGCGCAAAGGUUAAUGUGAAAAACAAGGAAAGUAAUACUCCGCUCCAUAUUGCUGCAAUUAAUGGUUUUAAAGAAACAUUAGAAGUUCUUAUUUUACAUGGUGCAGAUAUCAAUUCAAAGAAUUCUAAUCGAUCUACUCCUCUACACUUGGCAGCACUUUCUAAUAAUAAAGAAAUUAUAGAACUCCUAAUUUUACAUAAGGCAGAUAUUAAUGCAAAAAAUUCUGGGAAGGAAACACCACUUUCUUUAACAAAGAAUAAACAAAUUAUAUCAAUCCUGCGAUCACAUGGAGCAUAA